AUGGAGGCCCGGCGAGGUAUUCCGGCAGAGCGCGCCCGGCCCUGGGGCCUCCUCGUCCUGGCCCUAGGCGUCUUUCUCCUCCACUGUGAUCCCUUCACCUGCUUCUCCUUUCUCUCCUCUCCUCCACCCGCCCCAAGUUUCGAGGACUCCACCCUGUCCACGGCCACUACCCUUGAGUCUAUCCCCAGCUCCACGGGAGAGCCGAAAUGCCAGCGACCCCGCACCCUGACGCGGCAGCAGAGCCUGCAGCAGCCGCUGAGCCAGCACCAGCGGGGCCGGCAGCCCAGCCAGCCCACCACCAGCCAGAGCCUGGGCCAGCUGCAGGCCCACGCGGCCUCGGUGCCCGGCCCCAACCCCCGGGCCCACGGCCGGGGCCAGGCACGGCAGGGCUCCUCGGCCGGCUCCAAGUACCGGCCGGCCGGCGGCCGCAGCCGCUCCAACCCGGGCAGCUGGGACCACGUGGUGGGGCAGAUUCGAAACCGAGGCUUGGACAUGAAAUCCUUCCUGUUGCCUGCAGGAGGGAAGGCGGUGAACACAGCCCCAGUGCCCGGCCAGACGCCCCACGAUGAGUCUGACCGCCGGACCGAGCCCCGUUCCUCUGUCUCAGACCUCGUCAACUCCCUCACCAGUGAGAUGCUCAUGCUCUCCCCAGGCUCCGAGGAGGACGAGGCCCACGAGGGCUGUAGCCGAGAGAACCUGGGCCGGAUCCAGUUCAGCGUCGGCUACAACUUCCAGGAGUCCACGCUCACCGUGAAGAUCAUGAAGGCCCAGGAGCUGCCGGCCAAGGACUUCAGCGGCACCAGCGACCCCUUCGUCAAGAUCUACCUGCUGCCAGACAAGAAGCACAAGCUGGAGACCAAGGUGAAGCGGAAGAACCUGAACCCCCACUGGAACGAGACCUUCCUCUUCGAAGGUUUCCCCUACGAGAAAGUGGUGCAGAGGGUCCUCUACCUCCAGGUCCUGGACUAUGACCGCUUCAGCCGCAACGACCCCAUCGGGGAGGUGUCCAUCCCCCUCAACAAGGUGGACCUGACCCAGAUGCAGACCUUCUGGAAGGAUCUGAAGCCAUGCAGUGAUGGGAGUGGGAGCCGAGGCGAGCUGCUCCUGUCUCUCUGCUACAACCCCUCUGCCAACUCCAUCAUCGUGAACAUCAUCAAAGCUCGGAACCUCAAAGCCAUGGACAUCGGGGGCACGUCAGACCCCUACGUGAAGGUGUGGCUGAUGUACAAGGACAAGCGGGUGGAGAAGAAGAAGACGGUGACGAUGAAGAGGAACCUUAACCCCAUCUUCAACGAGUCCUUUGCCUUCGACAUCCCCACGGAGAAGCUGAGGGAGACGACCAUCAUUAUCACCGUCAUGGACAAGGACAAGCUCAGCCGCAACGACGUCAUUGGCAAGAUCUACCUGUCCUGGAAGAGUGGGCCCGGGGAGGUGAAACACUGGAAGGACAUGAUUGCCCGGCCCCGGCAGCCUGUGGCCCAGUGGCACCAGCUGAAGGCCUGAAUGGGGCCAAGGGAGCCCCAGGGGGCCGAGGGCCCGGGUCCCCAUCAUGCCCUCACCACUUUAUGCACAAGGCCCGGCCUGGCCCCCCCCCAGCCACGGGUGAGGGAAGGAUCCCGAGGGCUCGGCCAGGGAGAGGUCCCAGGAACCAGUCGGGCCCUGCUUCUAGGGAGCACCAGCCCCAUUCCCCACCAGUCCAGCUCUGGGGGAGGGGCUCUGGGAGCCAUUUUCCUGCUUUGCCCCUUUCCUUCCUGACUUGCUGAUACUCAAGAAGCGGGGGAGGUGAGCUUGAGAGCCAAAGGGCAGAUCCCUCCAGAGGCCCGCCAGGUGGGCACGGUCCCCCCGUUUUCUUUAAGGCAGCGCCUGGAGUGGAGGAAGGCCGCCCCCUCCCCCGCCCCCAACGUGGGCCCAGGAGAGGGGAGGUCGAGGCGUUUGGCCCGGCCUGGCCUGACCGAGAGAGAGGCCUGUUCCAGGGCAGUUUCAGGAGCCGGCUGGGCCCUGAAUGCCGAGGAUAGUAUAUAGCCUGCUCCGGGGGUCCUGGAGCCUCAGCCCUGUGUACUUGUGUUGUAUCCACCGUGCGUGUGUAAUGUGUGUGUGUGCGUGCACAUGUGGGGGUGGCAGCACGCGCUCCCUGUGUCCCUGGGGUCACGUGCUGAAGACAAUGCAGAGAGGACGGGGUUAUGACCCGAGGCGGGCUGGAGGCUUGAGAAGUCAAGGCGCAGACCUAGGGGGUGGGAGAGGAGAGGCAGGUGAGGAGGGCAUGGGGUGAGGCAGGGAUGGAGGAAGAGGGGGGUGGGGAAGAGGGGCAGAGAGGAGCUGGGCUGCGACCUGGGCUCUGUCCUUCUCCUCCCGCCUCCCCAGAGCUCUCCACCGGCUCCCUCCCCAGCAAUGUCAUCUCUUGAGCAUCUGUUCAUGCCUUUCAGGCACCCACUGUGUAUAUCACAUUCCACCUCUGCUCCUUUCUGUCUCAGGGGUCCCAAGUCCCCACUAGCUCUCUUCCCUAACAUCCCCAUCCAAAGACACCCUCCCACGUCCCAGUUGUCACAUCCCAGCCACACUGGCAGCCCUCACCACGCCUUCCAGCGUCCUUCCCCUUCCUCCUCUCUGUCUGCAGACCUCCCUGCCACACACAUCCCCGCUCUCCUCCAUCCCACCCCACGCCCCCCUCUCCUCCAUCCCACCCCACGCUCCCACCCCCGCUCGGAGACCUUCCCUUUCAUUCCAUCGUGGUCUCUGUUCUUGCAUCACUUGAACAGCUCCAGGGCUGUCCUCCCACCUUUCCCACCGCCCCUGGUCCCUCAGAGCAGCUCCUUCUACCCCUCGGUUCAGGCAGAGGAAGCAGAGAGCAUUCCCGGAUUCUGUGAGUUUUGAGGUUGCCCUCCUCCCCCACAAAGAAGCUGUGGUUUCCCUGCCUCCGCGGCUGCAGAGACCAGAACUGGCAGCCCCACGGAGAGAGAAGAUUUCAGGAUGAUCCCUGCUUAAGCCCCCUCAUCCCCACGUGGGUCCCGGUGUUGAUACAAGAGAGCUGGCGACCGCCUUCGAAUCCCGGGGUUCGCGCGCUUGCGCCUGACAUUCCCGGAAGAUGCCGCCAGGUGGCGCCCGCACACCACGGUCUGUGGACGAGGCCUAGGACCACGGCUCUACCCCCAAAUGGGUCUGACACCCCAGGAAAGGAGACUCUGGAAAAGGUCCCCCACUUCGCACUGCAAAAGCAUGGGCAGUUGGGAACCAUGUUCCUUAAGUAGACUUCCCUUUGAGCUGAGCGUUCUGCUCACAUUUUUGCCCAUAUCAAAAGUUUCUUACAUAAACUCUCACGCCUUCGGCCCUACCCUUGACCCCAAGGAUCUGGAGGAAUAUCAUACAAAGUAAGUGAAUCAUUUUGUAGAGUGAAGAGUGCUAACGUAAAGCAAGUAGUCACACACAUUCCUUGUAAAUCCCAAUUUUUCUAUAUUGUAGCUUUGCUUAAAAUGGGGGUCUGCCCUCAUGGCACGGCCCUUAUCGGGCAGGCCGGGGAACCAACCCCCAGCGGGGAGGGAGGGCAGCGGCUCCGGAGACAGUGGAAGCGAAGAAAGGUUGCUGUUGGAAGCUCUGAGAAGCGGAGGGGCUCUGCCAGCCUCCAUCCCGCCCUCAAAUCCUGUGCCCCUGCACCCCGAGUGGGACAGCAAGCCCCGCCCCGGGUCCCCUUGCCUACCUACAGAGCUCUCGGGAAUUGGACCAACUAGCACUGAGUGGGCGGGGCAACUGGGUCCCCGUUUUCCGAGCCCCGCCCACGAAGCUCUUAGCCAAUCACAUGCAGAGAGCAUCACCGGGCCCUGCCUAUUCCAAACCUGACCGCACCCAGGGUCGCGCAGCCAUGAACCCCGCCUGGGGUUCUCCAACCCCCGACGUGCAGCCUGAGCUCUGGGACGCGGGGGAGGGGUGGCCAGCGGCGGGCCAAGGGCAAGGUGGGCUAGCAAGGGAAGAGGCGGGAGGUAUGGGUGAGGGCGGGAGAGGUCUAAGGCUUUAGGGAACAGAGAAAGGGGGAACUUGAGGGUGGAGGGAGGGCACCGCCCUGUCACCAUCCCAGGACCUUGGACAGAUCACCCACACUCCCGGGGCUUCAGUUUCCCCAUCUGUAAAUUGAUGGUAAUAAUACUUCACCUACCUCAUGGGGGAGGUUGUAAGGCCGCCGUCACCUGACCUGGGGGUGGAGGCAGGAGGAUUCUGAAGGUGCUACCCGCGAGCAAAGUAUUAUUACCGCUGCCUGAAGGCAAGGCCCGCCUGCCCCUCCCCGCACAGAGCCUCCAGGGAUAGCUGAGGCCGGCCUGGGCCCACCUAUCUCUUUUCCACUGUGUCCCUGCUCCCUUCUUGAGCGUCAUCCACCAUCUUUGUGGGCACCCUAGAGUUAGUCGUUGUCUUGUUCAGGUAUCCUUUCUUGUGACCAUCACCCCACGUAACUGCUGUAUAAAUUCCACCUGCCCCAGGACCCCGCACCUGCCCACCGGCGCUAGACGCCAGGGAAGGGACAAGGAAAACAGCCACACAAAAAGCCAAGGGGAGUCCCCAGAGUCCCCAGUCCUGCUGGGGCCCCAGGGGUGGGGAUUGGUGGUUUCUGUUUGUAUUGUGUUUGAGUCCUUGAGCGCAAGUGUUUUAUAAAAAACAAGACAAAACAAAAAAACUACGACAAAAACCCACCGUCACAAAAAAAAAAAAAAAAAAAAAAAAUUGCAGCGAAGAGAAAUGAAGAAAAACUGAAGAAAAAAAGGGGGGAAAAACAUACAAAAUUUUUCCACCACAUGCACCCUCUAAGCCAGCAAGAUUUCCUCUUUGCAAAAUCAUAUUUUUGUGGGGAUGGGCCCUGCUUUUUGUGGCAAGGCCCAUUCUGAUUAAUAAAGG